AUGCAAGUGAAAAACAAGGCCAAGCUAAAAGAUAAAAAUGUUGCCGUUACUUUAGUACCUGAAGAUUCCGAAGAUUUGUGGUACUUGUACAACCUCAUCAAGAAGGGUGAUACAGUGCAAUUGCUUACCCAUCGAAAUGUGAAAAAGGGCAAUCAGAAUCAAAUCACAAAGGGAAAGCUGAAGAUGGAAAAGAUAUUGGUCAAACUAAGAUUGUUGGUUGAGGACGUUGACUAUAUUGCUAGUGAUUUGGUAAUGAGAGUCAAUGGAAAAUCUUUGUUACAACAAGAGUAUGUGCCAUUGAACAGUUAUCAUACAGCUGAGAUUGAGUUAAACAAGGAGGUAAGCAUUGUGAAAUCAAGUUGGGAUGAGUAUGAUAUGACAUUAUUGGACGAGUUAUGCUCAAUUGAAAAGAAGGCUGAUAUUGGUGCAGUUGUGUUUCAAGAGGGAGUGGCCCAUCUAUGCUAUGUAACCGAUCAAAUGACAGUGUUACAAUCAAAAAUUGAAAAAUCUAUUCCGAGAAAGAAUAAGGACUUUGGAACUCGCGACCUAGAUAAAGCUAUGAAUUCAUUUUACAAUAUGAUCAUUCAGGGAAUCAUUCGUCAUUUUGAUUUCAAUAGACUAAAAGUUAUUAUCCUUGCGUCACCCGGAUUCCUAGCAAAGACAUUGUACGAACGAUUAAUACAGGAGUGCAUAGCUAUGCAAAACUCAUCAACCAAGGAGUCCAAAAUUUGUCAACUGAUAUUGGAUAAUAAAAACAAAAUAUUGGUAACACAUUCCUCAACGGGUUACUUACAAGGAUUGGAAGAAGUAUUGGCCGAUCCUCAACUGCAAAAAAAGCUAUCGGACACCAAAUUUCUUGAAGAGUCAGAAGCAUUACUGCGGUUUCAAAGAGCAUUGAAUGACGACGAUGGAAGGGCAUGGUACGGGCUUGAAGAGAUUACAAAAGCAUUGAAUUUGGACGCUGUUCGCUAUUUGAUGGUCUCGGAUGAGUUGUUUCGCAGUGAUGAUAUAGAAACCAGAAAACAGUACAUUGACUUGACGGAACGAGCUAAACAAAUGGGGGCCAAAGUAUACAUUUUCUCCAGCUUACAUGAACUGGGGAUUCAACUAAAUCAACUAACUGGAGUGGCGGCAUUACUCAAGUAUCCUAUACCAGACUUGGACGAUUCUGACGAGGAGUGA